AUGCUUCGAGCCGCCGCAGUGGAGACCCGUGGCACAGUAGAGGAAGGCCUAGCCACGGCAUCCGCAACUGAGACUCCCAUCUCCGCCGAGGCUCGUAGAGCUCGUCCUGGAUCCGUUGUGAAGGAAGCAGGGAUGGAUCCUGUCGAAGUAGCUGGAUCAGGUGGCGGGGGACCAGCCGGUCGCAAGUGGGAAGCCGAAGUUCCACCCAGCCUGGCAGGCAGAUUGACGGGAGUGGGUGGUGGAGGUCCAGCAGGAAGGGAGGGCGCUGCGGAUCCACCGGAGCCGCUGGCUGGCUCUGGCUCAGAGUCUGGGGAAGGUGGAGACGAGGUAUCGCUAGAUGACUCCUCCACUGCAGGGGCUGCCUUAGCCUUCGCUUUGGCCUUGCCACGACCUCGACUGCUUCCAACUUCGGCCACUCGUCUCUUCGCCAUUGCCCAGCGCUCACUUCAAGGGAGUGGGAUCGGCCGCAGAAGUCCCUACGCAGAGCCCAAUGUGCUAGAGGUGUCACGUUGGAAUGCGGCAGAGCUGGCUCAAGGGCUGAGCUGUGGACGGGAGUCCAAGCAGGUAAUGCGGAAGCAGAGUCAGAAAGACCUGGGAACGCCCGACGAGGAGACCUCAAGCCGUGGGCGGUGCAACGGAGCCGUCCUGUUGGACCUUGCCUCCCAGCUUCCGCUGAAGCAGCUGCGAGAGAUGUCGAGUCUCUUCGAGUCCAUGGACAAAGACGGGAACGGCAUGCUCGAUCAGGCGGAGUUGGCCGAGGGCCUGCGGCUGGGAGGAUUGGCACCCGCGGCAGCAGCAGAUACGGCCGAGCGCUUGGCCAAGGGUGCAGGCGGUCGUGUCGAGUUCUCGCGUUUCGUGGCUGCGCUCGCGCCGUCCUGCGAGGAGCUCAUAGAUGACGAGCACCUUCGCAGCAGCUUCAAUCGCUUAGAUGCCAACGGCGAUGGCUAUGUGAGUCGCUGUGAGCUCCAGCGGCUGCUAGAGCGAGGAUCCAAGGCAUCCUCCACGCCAGAGGACAAGGUCGAUGUCAAUCGGCGCGAGAAGGCCGCGCGCUCUGCACAGAAGGCUUUCGACGCAAUUAGCGGAGAAGGGCGGCAACGCGUCUCCUUUGAGUCCUUCCGGAGACAUCUUGGAAGCUUUGUGGCCUGA